AUGGCGUCUCGCUUUCCGCCCCGAGAGCGAUCACCACAUCGGUAUAACGACCGCCGUCCCUCCGCUCCUCACGGCUCCUCGCAUAUCCCUUCUGGCCCUCGUGUUUCUGACGAUGUCAAUUCAACACCUCUGGGAAGGGAACCCCCUCGUGGUCCAAAAGCUCUAAUAGAUCCGCCAAGGGGUGCGCCCUUUGGCCCUUCCGGUCCUAGAGGAAGGGGCUUCCUAGCACGAGGCGAAUUUCGAGAUCGUGAGAGGGAUCAUGAUCCCCGGGAUCUGCGAGAUGGUCUCCCUCCAUUCAGACGGGAUAACGACAGAGACUGGUCCCGGAGAGACCGCGGUUUUGAUUUUAGAGAUGCCCGCGUUCCUUUUGGCCGUGGAAGAUCGAGGUCACCUCCACUACGGGACUUUCGCGAUUCUAGAGAACCUGGCCCUCGGGAUUCCGAUGCGCCAAGAAUGCGUCGCAACUCCAGAGAUGGGCCUGUCGGUUCCAUGAGUGGAGUCCAGGAUGCAUCUCCUCUUCGUGGCCCGUCUCUGCGAGGUCGAGGUCGUGGCGACCGUGAGCGGGGUAGGGGUCGGGGCUUUCUAGAUGAUCGCGACUCGUUCCGACGACGGAGCCGUUCGAGGGAUGCAUGGAGGGAUCGUGAACGUGAUCGCGACCGUGAACGUGAUCGCGACCGUGACCGCGAUAGAGAUAGGGACUUGGAACGCUCUGAUCGGUUCGAUAGGCGUGAAGAUGAUCGGCGAUCGGAACGAGAGGAUAGAGAAAGAGACCGGCCUUCUGAACGCUCAGACUUGUGGAAAAAAGAUAUGUUAUUAGCUAGGACCGAAUCCAAAAGUACAUCUGCAACAUUAGCGACCAUCCCACCUGCAUCGCCCACGCCAUCGUCGUCAUCUAUACUCAGUGCCAAAAGGACUGUCAUCCCCGAAAUCCAUGAUUCAAAUAGGAAAUCCGCAGUCCCCGCACAAAGUACGGGCGAUUCUCGGCAUGAGCCAGAUCGACAGGAACAUCCUACAAUUCGCUUAGACGCACCAAAGGACCGGCCAAUCUCACAAAGCUCUUCUCCCCCAUCUCCACCAGAAGUCCCUGCCUUCGGAUCUAUCAUUAGUCCCAAACCAGCGUCCGAUGAUUCUCCCUUUACCUCGUCCACCAAAUCCAGGCCAUUUGAUGAACUCUCCACUGCAGCAUCGACUACCGCAAAGCCAGAAAAGGAACACAUGGAUGUUUCCGCUUCGUUACCAACUGGGAUAUUACCGCCUACUGGACCAAGAGCUGAGAGGUCGGAGUUUGAACAUUCACACGACACCCGCGUCUCCCGUCCGCAUGGUCUGGAUACUCGAGGGAAAGCUGAGGUGCCACUGCGCCCUGCACGGCACUUUCCGUCCUCAUCUAGAUCUCCGACUAUUACUACGCGCGAUGGUCCUGGUUUCGCGAGUGCAUCUAGCGCAAGAGAUUCACUUCAAUCAUCGCUUCAGGCAGAUGCGAGGACUCAGGAAUUGCCUCUCGGGGUACGGGUUAGCCCCCGACCUAGCUCCUCAUCAGGAUCCCCGCCUACUUCACAAUCAAUGGGAAGAAGUAUUUCACUAUCCCGUAGGUCUGGUUCACCCCCUGUUCCGUCAGCCGCCCCAUUUAAGUCACCAGGACCGAAGACGUCUCCCGGAAUCUCUUUCGCAAGCGUACCCACGGGACCACGGGCUCUCCAGCGACCCAAUGCGCCAAGGAACGCCCCUAAAGUCAGUAACCAAUGGGUUCGCCCAGGGUAUUCAAAUCGUGGACCUUCGAUCAUGAAUUCAGUAUCACCUAUCAAACGUGACGUAUUUGACGACAAGGACAGAGGGUGGUCUUUUGGCGCGUCUGACCCUUAUAAACCUCACGAACUUGAGCGUUAUCCCCAUCGGGAAGAUUCCAAGUCGUCACCAGUUGCUGAGCGAACCGACCGUCCUCCGAGCCACGCUGAAAACAAUGUCGUCCGAGCAGCUGCGACCGUGUCUUCGGAAGAUCACGCACCACGUGCCUCAAUUUCGUCGAUAGCGGACCAAGUUGCUACUCCUCUCAUGUUUGGACAAUCCAGUGGUGAAGAAACAGACGAGGAAGACGACUUGGAUGAAGAAGACUUCAAUGAGGGAGAGAAGCGAUUUGCAAAGGAAAUGCAAGCGUUGACAUCCGAAAUGCCACCUCCAACCCUUCAUGAUCCCGUUAUAGUUGACUUACUGUUACAAAUUCAAAUGCUGGGUAUCAUAGCCGAGGGGGUUGCCCCAACCUAUAUGGACCUGCCAGAUGCAGCGAUUGAGGUCGAAAGGCCGGACCAACCUCCAGCUGUCAUUCCAGUGUCAGCAAAGGAGGCCCAAGGAAUUGAAAUCCCGCAGCCCUCGUCACCAGUGGCCCAGGCUCACACUGCCCCGUCUCUCGAAGUUCCAUCAGUCGAUAACCUUCCCUUCCUCCAAUCUGGGCCACCCACUCCGUUUUCUGACCUAGAGGCUUAUCAGGAAACGAUCCAGACGCAUGACCGGUUGAGAGAGGCUCUUCGCGGGGAGCUAGCCAAGCAGCGUAAAGAAAUAGCUCUCCAUCAUCAGGAGCUACGACGGGAGUAUGCUAAGUAUUAUAAGCCUUGGAGGAUUGCCGUGGAGGAACUAGAUCGCACGAGUAGACAAGAAAAGACAACCACCCCAGGUCCACCCACCCCGCCGUCGGCUACGGGAACGGCUACUACUCCAAGCACCACCGCCGAAGGACGAAGAGGUUACAAACUUAACAGCGAGCUUGACUUCCAAAAUGCGCUGAUCGCAUCUACCAUUACUGCGCGGGAAGAGCAAGCACGUCGACGCGAAAAAGAAGGGCCCGCAAGGCCGGAUACGUCUAAAGAAGCGCUUAUCCCAGAUAUGUUCGACGAACACGAGAAACAAGCCUUUAUCUUCAAGGAUACGAACCACACCGUAGACCCUUCUGCUGCAUAUGAAGUUUUCGCGUUCCACCCGACGCCGGACAAUUUCACCCCCGAGGAACAAAAGAUUUUUACGGAAGCAUUUUUAGAGCAUCCCAAAAAGUGGGGCAAAAUUGCGGAAUAUCUUCCAGGCCGGGACUUCCAGGCAUGCAUCAAUCAUUACUACUUCACAAAGCAGGAAUUCAAGUAUAAGGCCAAAUUGAACAGAAAAUAUGUUCGAAGACGUGGAAAAAGGGCUCCUGCUACCAGGAAUCCAAAAUCAAACGCCCUCAUGUCAGAUCUUGGUGUUCGGCCCGAAUACGAAGGUGAGGAAGUGGAAACUCCCGCUGUCACUGAUACUGGCCGACCUCGACGGGCGGCGGCCCCAACGUUCGGCGAAGCUGGUCCAGAGACAGAGAAUAACACACCUACGCCAAGCUCUGGGAAAAGAGGGAAUCACGGAAAGGAUCCCGCUGAGCCGGGAGUGGAGAAACCUCCCAGCAGACGUGGCGGAAGGGGAGGAGGCGGACGCGGUGGCAGGCGAGCAAAGGCACAGCAAUCUUCACUUGCGACUCCGAUUGCUUCAGCUCCUCCAAAAGUUGAACCAGAAGGGCCAGCAGAUGCAGUACCAGAAUUGCCGAUUGCGAAGGAGAAGAAAGAACAGAAGGAUAUCGCUGCCGAUGAGGUAGUUCCCCGAGCAAAAUCUACAAAGGCUCGCAGCAAGGAAACCGUUUAUGUUUUCGACGCUGCUGAACCCGAAGCUCCAGCAAAACCCGCCGAACCCAGAUCUGGUGCUCUCCAGCCCACUAGUUACUGGUCUGUACCGGAGCAACGAGAAUUUCCAGAUCUAAUCAGGCACUUCGGGAAAGAUUUUGAGGCUAUCUCCCAAUAUAUGAGGACCAAAACUCCUACAAUGGUCAAAAACUACUUCCAGAGACGUGUUGAUUCUGGCCAAACAUUGUUGGAGGAGUACGCUGAGAUGGCUGAGGCGAAGAAGUUGAGUGGAGAACCGCCAGGUCCGCUACCAAUUCCAAAUAUCCCUCCUAAACGGCGAUACGAAGCUACACCAUCUUCUGUCGCUCCACGCCCCCUCGCACCAAACACUGAAGCUACGGAGCCAGCAGAUGCAUCGCUGGCCCCCAAACCAAAGGUCCCGGCAGUCCCUCUAGCUGCGGCACACCAACCAGCCACUCAAUCUCGGCCGCAAGCCGAUAGGGAUCAGUCUCAGCCUAGGUUUUAUCCUCUUGCGCAAGCGACAGCUGCCUCUGGGGUUCCCGUACCACCCGUGAACGACGAAUUGCAACCGCGUUCCAUUCGUCCCCAGCCGCACCAACCCCAGCGCAAUCAGCAAGGCCCUCGAGUCGGAUAUUUCAGUGACGAACGACGAGAUGGGCGCCACCUAAUGCCUAUCCCCCCGGUGCUCACCGUGCAGUCUCAGGAGUCCCAAAGCCAGAAGCAGCAGCCGAAUACGGCCCCCAUGCAAAGUCAUGGUGGAGGUUCCGCCUUACAUGCCCAAAAUUUGUCUCGUAGCGAUUUGCUGCCCCAGCCUCAAGAGGCUCAAGAGGUGCUACGGUAUCAGUCACUAGCGCAGCCGGCGUUAUACUUUCAAAACCCAGUACCUUCAGCAGUCCCAGACAAAACAGCCCGAUCACCCCGGUAG